AUGAAUCAAGCUCAGAUGCAGCGCACUGAUAACAUGAACAUGUUUAACUCUGGCUCGGGUGGAAUGAACAAUCCGUCCAACGAGACCAUGAUCGACUCUUACCAGCCUCUGGACCCUGCCAGCGCUUCGCUGGGCGACUAUAACCGGUCCAUGCUGCAGUACACUCAGCGCCAGAUGUCUACCUUUGUUGACACCGAUGACUCUCACCGCAGCAAAGGUUCUAGCAGCCGCAGUAGUCAGAGCAGCGGCCAAAGUGGUCGCAGUGGUACCUCCGGACUCGCUCGCCAGGCUAAUGGGCCUCCAACAUCUGUCAAGCAUGCUGCUCACAUCGCUGAGAACAAGGUCUCUGGCCGCGACAUGGCUGCCAAUUCCGAAUUUUAG